CUUAGCUGUGCUUUUGUGUUUUGUCAGAAUUAAUGAGAAAAGUUCCCUUGCCCUAGGGGUAAUUAGUGUCCUUGGAGUUAAAUAAGCUAAUACUUAGACACCUCUGGCACAAGCAAUUAUGUUUGUGUAUUGAAUAAUUGAUUCAAAGAGGGGGGAAGGGCUGCUAAUCAGAUCUGAGCAUAAUGAAUUGAUUUAAUUAACAGGGGAAUCCGAGGCUCUGUGGAAACUGCGCGCAUUUAUUCAGCAGCAGCCGAGGCGAGCGCGGCACACACACCGGCAGGGAGGCGGCGUGAGUUCGCUUUUAGCAGUUGUCAGAUUUGCAAUUGGAUUUGUUUGAAUAUAGUUGCCGUCUCGGAGCAAACGAGAGCGAGAGGGGGAGAAUAUUAGCAGCGAAGCAGAAGCCGUUCGGUCCGAGCGUCCUGAUCCGUCCGCGUUUCCCGAGUCACAGAGAGGCGACUCUAGAUUUAUAUCGCUUUUCAUUGUUUUGCCUUUUUUUUUUUAUUCGCAUGGAAUUUAUCAAGAGCGACCAACGCUGUGUGAUCGCGGUUUAUUUGCCUCGCGGUUCAGUCCGGAUAGGAGCAUCUCUCCGCGUAUCUCGCCGUAUUCCGUGUCCGAAUUAUUAUUGAUAGGAGGAGAAAGAAUAAACGGGCAGACGGCAAUUCAUCUUUCCAGGUUUUUUUUUUUUUUUUUUUUUUUGGUCUAUCGAGGCGUAGUCUAGUAACGUUAGUCAACCGCGCGGGUUUAACAAAAACAAACACACACAACAACAACAACACAUUUUCCAGGAGAAGCUUGAGGGGAACCGAGCGGUGCAGCCCGCUGGAGCCGAGGACGGAUCGCCCGGGGAAGGACUCCUCGUUCCCCAGGACGAUGGUGUUGGACAAGGAAGAGGGUGUGCCGAUGCUCUCCGUCCAGCCCAAAGGGAAACAGAAGGGGUGUGCCGGCUGCAAUCGCAAGAUUAAAGACCGCUACCUGCUCAAGGCCCUGGACAAAUACUGGCAUGAGGACUGUCUCAAAUGUGCCUGCUGUGACUGCCGCUUGGGGGAGGUGGGCUCCACCCUCUACACGAAAGCCAACCUCAUCCUCUGUCGCCGGGACUACCUGAGGCUCUUUGGUACGACGGGGAACUGUGCAGCCUGCAGUAAACUGAUCCCAGCUUUUGAAAUGGUGAUGAGAGCCAGAGAUAAUGUUUACCAUUUGGACUGUUUUGCCUGUCAGCUUUGUAACCAGAGGUUUUGCGUGGGGGACAAGUUUUUCCUAAAAAACAACAUGAUUUUGUGUCAAAUGGACUAUGAGGAGGGCCAGCUGAACGGGAGCUUCGAGACACAGGUUCAGUAGUCGGAACCUCGUAGCGGCAACAAUCGGCUCCACGCUUUACACACCAGAUGGAUCUUCUGCUGCACUUGGAAAAAGAGACAAGCGUAUGUCUGCUUGCCUGCAAUACUUUUUAAGACCCCUUUAUCAGUCCCUAAGGACUCUAUUGUAAAUGUUCAACUUUUCACCCCUCCCACACCCCAACACUGAGCAGUUACAAAUUUUGAUGUACAGUUGUGCCUGCUUAGCUGAGCACUUGUAUUGCUUGUUUGUUUUGUGAAAUUUGUUUCCGGUUGGUUUCUUUUUCCUUUUAGAAAUGGUUCUUUGGAGGGUAUGUACAGUCUGUUUUCUCUGUAUAUAUAAACUGGAACAUUUAUUUUAUGAAAUGUAAUGCAAUUUUAUUACUAGUGUGAAUUAAAGAUUCUUAAAUGUUCAAGGUGAGUUUUUUUUUUCUCUUGUACCAAAAUCAAAGUUGCCGGAGGAAGUCGGCCCAUGUGUUGAUAUGUAAUUAUGUCUCCGAAAACGACAAUGUUGAAAAAAAAAAAAUGCUUUGCAGGAGAAAAUUUAUUUGAAGUAUUUCUUUAAAACAUGAUGCAACGAAAAACAAGUUUUAUUACAUUUUACAGAAUUCUGAAUUAGAAAUGCUGUUUAAAAUGAACUACAUAAGACAUUUACUUGGAAUAAAAGAAUGCUUCUCCAAA